AUGACGUUUUCACAUUCCACCCUCUUCUACCUCGUCCCUCCCCUUCCCCAGAUGGCAAGCUCGUCCUCGUCUUCCCCACUCAUCAAGCCACUCAGUCAUAGGUUGGAGCGUCUUGAUCGCUCACAAGGUGACUCUGGUUCGUGGCAAGACAUGGGCGACGACGACGACGGAGAGCCAGACGUCGAGGAUGAUUCUCCGGCAACCUUCACGCUCCCUGCGGUUCAAACCGAGUCACAGGUUGAACCUAAGUUGAGUGCCCCUACCACCCCCAUCAGACCAUCUCAAGGUAGUAGGAAUGGCCGUUCGUCUCCCGCUGUCAGUACCACACCAUCUUCUUCCAGAGUACGACGUAGUGGACCCAUCCCUCGUCGAAAAGUCGUCUCCCGCCGUUCAGUCGCUUGCCCCGCUGUACCAUCCUCUCGACCUUCAGCACCUUCCUACUCACAACCCGCACGCUCGUUUUCUACCUCGAGACCUCGACCUGGUUUAGGGGAGACACUUUCCCUCUGGCUCACUCCCCUUUCUCUCAUUGUCCGCCCGUUCGGCCUCGUGUUACCUGCACUUCUCUUCCAUGCACUCAACACGCUUAUCCUCUCUUUCCUCGGCAUUACCAUAGUAUCGUUACUUCUCACCGGAGCCUCACAUCUCGUGACCCAUCUUCUGCGUUCUUUCGUAACUUCCAUCGGCCUAGGAUGGCUGCUCCCUUCAACCGAAACACAAUAUCUCACCGACGUGUCUCUACCCUUACGCGCAGUGGCGACUUCUUCAUGUUCCCUAUUGGGCGUCAUGUGCUCAUUAUCCGCUUGGUCCACGAAACAGGGAAAUGUGACUAGUGUAGCUCAACCGUGGUGGAGGUUGAGAACGGCUGAGAUCGAAGAAGAGCAGACGAGAUUGGACGUGGCUACUGUCGCUCGAUCUUUAGCAGAGGAAGCGAGAGGUGCGAGGGAUAUCUUUGACAGUGUGAGGUUGUUGGGAGAUGGAGGUCUGGUACGAGGGCUGGAGUAUCUCAAGGUGUGGGAAUUAGGCGUUGCUGUACAGGUUUCUAAUCUUGACGACAAGGAGAUCUUAGGGAGGCAGUUGAUCGAGCUCGGUGACCUAUCCCGUGACCUGACGGACGAAGUUGUCUCCAUUGACGCCAUGAGCGUCAACUCGUUCUCGUGGUUACAGUGGGAGUUCGCUCGGUUGGUCCAAAUGCUUUCGAUGCCAGAUGACGUCCGUCCAUCAAGUACCAAACUCCAAAAACAUCUUCACUCUCUCCUCAUCCGUCUUCAAUCAACUCUUGAUACUCUCCAUUCUCUCACAGCACAAGCAGUAUCUCACGCAACACACGCUUCGUCGCAUGGACAACACCUCCUCCAUCGUCUCUUCGAAACUCGGCACGAAUUAGAACAUCAACGUUCCCUAUCCCCCGCAUGGCGUAGAGUCCUCGAUCGUGGGACACAUCUCAUGGUUGGCGGUGAACCCACAAAAUCCGAGAUGCUAGAACGCGACCUCAUUUUGACCCGAGAAACCAUAAGCAACCUUGGUGGUUUACGAUUACAACUGGAAGAAACGCGUCAACAAGUCAAGAGAUUUCGCGAUCAGGUAGGUGUGUUUGGAGCUAGUAUGAUGGGAUUUCAUCUGGGUGCAAGUGAGGAAGGAGGAUUAGGACCGGAAGAAGAGGUCAGGGUGUUGGCUGGUGUGGUGGAGGAAUUAGGGACGGCGGUGGGUAGAGCUAAAGAGAGACCUUUGGCUUUGAGAGAGGGGUUGAAACGUUUAGGGGAAUGA